CCCGGGGAGCGGGAAAAGCGAGGCGACGGGCCGGCCGAGGUGGGUGUGGCCGAGGCGUCGAGGCCGAGGAGGAAGAGCCGCCUCUCUGAGGAGGAGCCGCCGGCGGGGAGGGACCCCGAUGAGGACGUGAGGCUGCGGGGCCGGCGAAGGGCGAGAAGCCGGUAGUGGUGUUGGCAGCGCCCGCCAGGGUGCAGAGGAGUGUUCUGAGGCCAGCUGAUUCGAGUGAUUUGAAAAACUACAUUUUUCUUGUAGAUAAAAGAAUAAUACGCAGGAAAAAAUGCAAGCUGAUAUCGAUCUGGACAUACUGCUGCAGCGCAUUGAGCAGAAUCUAGACAACUUUCCUGUUGUAAAGCAUUCUUUGUUGUCAAUCAUUUCAGUUUGUCAAGGAAACAUCAGCGCAGGGGUUCACUUUGAAUAUAUGGGUGGCUUGAAGUCUCUCCAUAAUCUUGUCAAGUCAGAUGUGCCCAGCAUGAUCAAAGAAGCCGCCCUGUAUACCCUAGGAUCUCUGGCCGACAUUAAUGCCGUUUGUCAGAAAAGUCUCUGUACUGCUAAAUAUUUUAAGGAAAUAAUGACUUUCAUAGUUGAUAAGAAUUCCAGCAUGAAAUUGCAGAUAAUGUCUGUCUGCCUUCUAUUGGCCCUGGUUUCAAAGAAUGAGACUGGACAAAUAUUUUUGAGAGAAUCAGGCUGUUUUCCUGUUCUGCAAAACUUAUUCAGAGUAACUAUUGUAACAUCUGAAAUUGAUUUCUCAGAUGAAACCUUUAAGAGGAAACAUCACCUGUGGUAUGCAGUGUGCAAUACCUUGUGCGCCGCUGUUAGUUGUCCUCGAAAUGAGGAAAAUCAGAACAUUUGCUCCUCCCUUUUGCCGCAUGCCUGGGCCAUGUUAGAAGCAUCUUUGACCCCCGAGAUACUCUGCCCUAUUUGCCUAUUUAUUGGAGUUACGGUAACAGGAAACACAUCAGUUCAGAAAUCCUUCACCUUUCGUGGUGGAUUGGAUGUUUUGGCUGACAUUCUUACCAAGCUGGCUGGAGUUUCACAUCUGAAUAUUUCUAAUGUUAAGAUGGCAGUAGCGGUGACAAAUGCCAUAGGUGCCUGCAUUGUUGAUAACGGCCUUGGUGGUAUUGUUGUAGCGAAGCAUCAAGUAGUGCCCAAGCUUCUGACUUUGCUGGUUCUGGAGACUCUGAAUUCUGAGGAAAAAGCUAGCAUUCUGGUUACCCUUGGGCGUUGCAUAGAGACAUGUGGGGAAAAUCUCAAUCUUCUGCUCCAGAACAAUGGCAUUAAACUGAUUGUAGACUCCUUCUCUGAAGCUCAGUAUGAGGUUAUAAGCAACAUUAUUAUUAUCGUCAUGCUCAACAGUAAGAUUUUUGCUGAGAAAUUACUCGGUAAAUUUUUUGCAUAUGUUUCACAAGGGAUUUCUGCACUAGAAAACCAAAGUAAAGUUGGUGGCGACUCGAAGAAAACAAAAGAUACCCUGCCUAAAGAACAACUUCAAAAAAAAGGAAAUAAGGAUCGAGGCUCUAAAAAAAAAGCACCAUUGGAGUUUCUGUGGUGAACAGCAACAACCAAAAGAAGAAGCGUCAAAAGCAACGUUCUGAUGAACAUGUAUUUAAAGUUUCAGCGCCAGCCACUGAAAUUAGAGUGCAGGAACCGCCAAAGGAAGCCAAUCUGCCAAGCACCACAGUGGAAGGAAAAGAUCAAAAACAUCAGGGUGUUAAAAGAAAGGCCCCUUCCACAGGCAACGUGAAUCAGAAGCGAACAACCAAAAAAUUGGCCAAGAAGGUGCAGAAGAAAAAGCCAACAGCUGAACUACAGUAAAAAAAAAACCGGGAAACCACUGGAAUUCAACUUCAUGGGCUUACCCAGGAAGGAAGACUUCAGUGGAUCUGUCCCCUAAAAUCUGCAAGUUAGAAAAAUUGAAUGAUAUGUAAUUCUUGAAAGAGUUUUUUUGGUAGAGAAUUUUUUUAAAAUGUAACUGUUCUUUGUUUUAAGCAAAAGCUGUCCUGCCGUUCGCGAUUAGUUUCACGGCAUGAUAUUCAGAUGGGGGCCCAGUCAUACUGUUCCUUAAAGGGGUUUGUGGUAGCAUGAGUUCUAGAGACCUUUGCUGAGCUUGUUCAAGAAGCCUGCCGAAAAGGAAAAAACACACUAGUGUGCGCUCCUUUUAAAUGUUUCUUUGAGAAUUUGCCUUCUGGUUUUUCCAAAGACAACAACUAAGAAGGGCAGAAGCCAGUAAAUGUUUAAAUAGCCUUUUUGAUGUAUUAGUCGAAUUGAUGGUUAAACAAUAUUCUUAGUGAACGAAGUAGUUUGUUGAAUGUUAAAAAUGUCCUUUUGCCUAAGUCAUUUAAGAACCAAACUUACUACCUAAGAAUGAGUUAUAUUCUAGGGGAAAAGGUAGCCCAUGGUUCAGACACAUUUGCUUAGUUUCUAGCUUGAUGUAUGACAGAGAAAUGGAAAACACUUUUGACCAACUAAGUCAAUUAUCUUAAGUAAGUUAAAUGAGUUGCUACUAUUAAAUAUAAAGGUUUUUUUCUGUUCUGAAAGUGCUA